UGUGUGCGCGCGCGCAGUUGGCCUAUCCGCUGCUGAACCUGACCUCCAGUCAGCUGUGUGUGAGGGGUCAGCAGGACUCUCUGAAGGGUCAGGCUGUGGUGGUGAUGAGGGGCGGCUGUGAUUUCGGUCAGAAGGCUCUGAUCGCUCAGGAUUUGGGUGCAUCUGUACUUCUGAUCGCCAGCAUUAAAAAUAUGCUGACGCCGUCUGUAAACAACUCUGUGUUCAGUAAGAUGAAGAUUCCUCUGGCCCUCGUGAGACACCGGGACGUCCUGGACGCUCUGCAGGUGUUUCCUCAGGGGAUGCAGGUGAGGUUAUACGCUCCUCCCGUUCCUCCGUUUGACGCCAGCAUCAUCGUCAUGCUGAUGCUCGCCGUGUUUACGGUGACGAUGGGUGGAUUCUGGAGCGGCACAGCUGAGAAACUGAAGCAGACCUCGGGUCCGGUGUGUGACGCGGCUGAGGGACGCUCUGACAGCAGCGAGCUCUCGCUCUACUCUCCGCUGAAGGUGCUGCUGUUCGUGGCCAUGAUGUGUGUGAUGCUGGUGCUCAUGUACUUCUUCUACCGCUGGCUGGUUUAUGUGAUUAUCGUCAUAUUCUGCCUGGCGUCAGCAUCAGCGCUCUAUAACUGCCUGGAUUCACUGAUGACUGCACUGGGCUGCAGCACGCUCAGUGUUUCCUGCAGAGAGAGAAGUGUUUCUGUGCGUUCACUGCUGCUCGCCGCCGUCUGCAUCACACUGUCUGUCAUCUGGGGAGUGUACCGCAACGACGACAGGUGGAUCUGGAUUCUUCAGGAUCUGCUGGGAAUCGCCUUCUGCCUGAACUUCCUGAAAACCAUCAGCCUGUCCAACUUUAAGAUCUGCGUGAUUCUGCUCAGUCUGCUGCUGGUCUACGACGUCUUCUUCGUCUUCAUCACGCCAUUCCUGACGCCGAAUGGAGAGAGCAUCAUGGUGCAGGUGGCUCUCGGCCCCGGCGCGGGAGGGAAGGGUGACAGCAAUGUAGUGGAGGUUCCAGGCGACAACUCGUCCUCCUACGAGAAAUUGCCGGUAGUGAUGCGUAUCCCACAGUUCUCUGCGCUGGCUCAGAAUCUGUGCAUGAUGCAGUUCUCCAUCCUGGGCUACGGUGACAUCAUCAUACCAGGUCUGCUGGUGGCGUACUGCCACAGGUUUGACGUGUGGAUGGGAAACUCCAGAAGAAUCUACUUCAUCUCCUGCGCCGUCGCGUACGCCGUGGGUCUGGUGCUGACGUUCACCGUGAUGCUGCUGUCGAAGAUGGGUCAGCCGGCGCUGCUCUACCUGGUUCCCUGCACGCUCCUGACCAGCGCCGUCCUCGCCUGCGUCCGCAAGGAGUUCACACACUUCUGGAGCGGCACCGGGACCUACCAGAUGGAGACGCUGGUCACGCCGGCGGAGUGAGGGGCUGCUGAGAUCCUGACUGAUCUCAUCUUCAUCAUCUUCAUCACUCAAUCACACUGGGACACUUUACUAAAACAUCAGACUGUCUGAAAAUUAUUCUUUAAGAAGCCUUAAAUAACCAGAUCAUCCUGCUGUUUUUUGUCUUUCACUUUUUUAUGCGAUCAUUUUUUAAUGUUGGGAAUAUUUGACAAAAGCCUCUCUUUCUCUGUAAUCGAAAUAAAUACAAAUCUGAACCCUGAA